AUGACGGAGAAAGACAGCCAUGAGCUCACCACUCGUGAGAAGCUUCGGCUUAUGAAGAGUCCGGUUGUUCUGGGCUCUGAGAGAGGCGUGGAAAUGCCUAAUCUGAGCGAGUUUGGCGACCGUUACACAGACACAUCGAUCGAGUUUGCAAGACACGAAGAAGCUGGCACGCUGGAAGUGUUCACCGACCUAUUCUUUGCCGCCAAUUACGCCGUUUUCUCCAAGACACAGUCAGUUACCAGCCAUGAGCGAGUUGCAUCAUACGUCGGAUACUUUUGUAUGCUGUGGAUCACUUGGCUCGUUGUCGGCCUCUACGAUGUUCGAUUCGUAACGGACAGCAUUUUCGAACGGGUUGUUCGAGCUAUCCACCUUGGAGCCUUUGUUGGUUUCGCCGUCGUCGCCCCAAAGUUUGACCCAAGCAACCAGCAAGCAGCGACGAUGAGAGCAAUGUCUCUGAUCCUGAUGGCGUCUCGUUUGGGGCUGACCAUCGAAUACGGCAGUAUCCUCUGGCACGUCAGGAAGUUCAAGAAAGUCCACUUGGCAUUCUACCUCCAAAUGUCCAUCCACUUCAUCGCUGCCAUGAUCUAUCUUGGCGUCACUUUCCGGUUCACCGACACUCGCCACAGUAAUGUGUUCGUCACCUGGUAUAUCGUUGGUGUCUUGGAGGCUCUCUUGACCUUUGGCCUGUCAAUACACUAUUCUGUACUCAGGUUGACCAAGACACACCUUAUGAAUCGGAUGUUUCUUCUGAGUAUCAUCAUCCUCGGCGACAGCAUUGUUGUCAUAGCGGACAAGGUGGUAAUAAUUGUCGAUGCCCCUGACUCUUGGGAAAUAGACGCUAUGACUAUCGGCAUAUUAACUGCCGGCGUUGCAACAACUUAUAUGAUCUUCUUGAUCUAUUUUGACUGGAUGAAGGCGUCACAUCUCCCACCCGUGCGUCAGAUGAUCUGGACCAUGCUACAUUUCCCGUUUCACCUAGCUCUCGUCCUCUUUUUGCAGGGAUUUACGCAAUUCAUCCAGUGGUCCAAGGUGAUCGAUGUGUUCAACCACCUGCCAGCCAACUGGAUAUUGUUUGAUCCAACUAGGCUACCUCGUGCUACCAGCCAGCUGGUACAACAAAACAUGACCGACGAAAUCGCCAGCUUCUUCAAGCUAUAUCCUCCAAAAUACUCCGAUACAGAGUUCGUCUUCCAACAGGCUCUGGAUAACAUCACGAACAUCCCGGAUUCCUUCUGGCCCAAAUGGGCCGAUGCAUUAACGGAUGACAAUUACGAGUUGCCGACAGACAAAACCACGAACCUCUUCGCAAACAUUAUGAGGGCCCUGAUUACUGCGGUGGAGAAUAGUGUCUUUGCAAAUUUUGACAUCGAUCUGGAAGCCGAGGCGGUCAAGGAACAGCGGGGAAAGGGCGAAGAGGUCAACCAGUCGGCUGCCGCAUUCUCAGCUCAGAUUGACCAAGCAACCUGGGACCGAUACUGCCUAGUGUUCACAUAUGGCUACGUCGCGGCUGGCGCUUGUCUGGCGCUGAUGGUGCUUCUCUCCAUCGUUGCCCGCGUGACCGCCUGGAAGCCUUGGCACGUAAUCCGAACGGUUAUUUACUUCCUUUUGGCGCUCGGCAUGGCACUUACUGCACUCCUCAACCUCAACACGGACCAGUUGAAUAGAUACCUGACCACUCCCUGGCUUCUUCCCACCCUCUGCAUCGCUUGGGCCAUUGUCCUGUUUCUCACCCAUAUUCGUCGCGAUACUCCUCUCUUCUUCAAAGGAGGCAGCCCCAGACCGUUGCGUCGUGGAACAAAUCAGUCUGAAUCGAACAACGACUCCGAGCAUGCGCAGCCGAUGGUCAGCAAUAUGGAGGGCUCGACUUCGUAUUCUGGAGCAGCUGGAAUGCACUAUGGGUAUCAACCAGCACCUCAGUCCCAACCUGGGCAUGACUAUGUGUGA